AUGUGCGAUGAGUUUGAACAAAUUUAUCAUCGCCACAAAGCCGAAAUCACAGCAGGCCAAAGUACCUACUGCCGUGGAAGUUCAAGCAAAAUUAACGACCCCGAUGAAGAUGAAGUAGUGAUUAUAGUAAAGACGGAUCCACGUAUUGUGGGUUUACUAGGAGAAGAAAAACAUAGAGAACACUUAAAUAGGUUAUCAGAAAACUCUUGGGCAACAGAAGUAGAAAUCGUCGCGUCCACUCUUUUCCUAGAUACACCGAUAUAUGUUUAUGCACAACAUAAACAGACUUGGGACUUAUUCGACCGGAACAUAAAGUCCAAAACCCCACCGAAGAAAACGGAGAAGUGCAUUUAUAUUCACCAUGUUUCAGAAAACCAUUAUAAUUUAGUGGCGGAUGUGGUAUCUGAUCAAGACCAAGGCCCUAUUAUGUUGAAUCCUGAGAGUGAAAUUGUAAAAAUUCGAGAAGAAGCAAUCCGAUACUUUAAUCCUGUCGGCGCAGCUUGGCAACACGGCAAGUGUAAUAAAUGGAAUUUGGCGUGCGAAGAGCCAUCCCAGUAUGACCUUUCACCAACAAUUCUCACCAACAGGUCUCCGAAGAAAUGUGUGGAAAUACAAAAAGACAAAAAUUGCUUCUUCAGAGCACUUUCUUAUUGUUUGACCGGCACAGAGAAACACCAUCAAUUCAUCCGAAACCGUGUGGCUGAAGAAAUUCUUUUUAAUCGUGCUCUUAAAGGAUUGUACACAGAAAAUGAGUUCAUAAGCUUUAUAGUACUCAAUGAUUGGGCAACUAAAAUAGAAAUACUUGCUUCGGCUGUUCUUUUGAACACAUCGAUAUUUAUCUACUCACACGACAGACAGGCAUGGGAUUUAUACAACAAGAACAUUGAAGACAAUUUGGUUCCAGUGAAUUCAUUCACUGAAAAGUGCAUUUACCUAAGGCAAAAGUCUCCAAAUGAGUAUGAUGUAGUGCAAGAAGUAGAGACCUUUUUAUAA